AAUUUUUAUUCAUUUUUAUUUUGUGUUGAAAAAAAAACAGAUUUUACCGCGUAGAGUUUCGCAUUCGCUGUUUUGGUGUUAAAAAUUUGCAAUAUCAGUGAUUAUGGUCGAAUAUAUGCGUUGAUUAAUUACAGCUAGUUUUCCAUCUCACAUAAGUAGCAUCCGACGCGGCCAUCGGACUGGAAGCGUUGAUGAUAUUUCAGUAUUCGGCACUACAUCCAUCGUUCGUUUCAAUCACUGAGCUUAUGACUUGACUUUUUGAUAAUCAUUGUUUGCGUCGUUUAGUCAGAUUCGUUUCUUCAAUAUGUGUAUGAUUCGGAAAACGGUUAUAAUUUGAAUAUGGACGAAGAUCCAGCUGUCGCCGAAAUACCUAGUGUUUCCAAAGUCGAUACAGCCGAUUACGUGGAAACCGAUGAACCGCCGAAAUUAAUCGAAUUGAAGCCUGUUAGCUACGACUUGGGCGAUGUACCGAAUAAUAACACAGACGCGUUCGAUAGAAUGGAUAUCGAUAAUCAUAACGUCGAUUUCGAUCAAGAAGACGGUAAGACCACAUCGGUAGACGAUACAGUUGUCGAAACAUCGGAUCCAAACAGCGUAGAUGAGUCGGUAGACGCGAAAGAAUCCACUCCUAAAGUAAACGGAGUUCUGAAACAUUCCGGCACGGUUAAAAAAGCUGACAAAAAACCAGUCGUAACGUCUCCAAGUUCGACUCCGGGUAAAAGUCGCUAUGGCCGAGUUCGUAAGCCGAAGUUAUCCACCGAUUUCGUAUCGAUGGAUAGAAAAUCAUACGCUGUGCUCAGCAAUACCUCAUCUUACGAGCACGUAUACGCCGACGAAACACCUCGUAAAGCUGUAGUGGUGAAAAAACCGCGAAAAUCGUCCGCUAAAAAUAGUCAAAUUACGCCAUCCGAACCAGCCCAGUCUGUUGAGAGCUUAACCAAACAAUCCGAUGAAGAAACUAGCUGUAAAGCUGAAAAUGAAUCUGUCGAUGAAACAGAUACGCCUAAAACCGUUGAAUCUAGUUCAAAUACACCUAAACCCGAUGAAAUCAUCUCUAACGCGCCGAAACUCGCUAAAAGUACGCCUAAACUUACCAAAAGCACUUCGCAGACGCCUAAACUUACCAAAAGUACUUCGCAGACGCCUAAACCUACAAAAACUGCUUCGAAAUCUCCCAGGUCUGCUAAAUCUAAAACUCCAAAACCUCCCAAAGAAGAUUUAACAGAACCUUCGGUUAGUCCUGUAAUUAGUAAAGAUCCCAUUAAAACGUAUUCGCGGAAAGGUGAAUCGUCCGCUGCUGCUAGCGUUACUGAAGAUAAUCAAACCGAGAAAAUAGAUGAAGAAAAAUUAUCUCAAAUAAGUCACGUCGAACUGAAUUGGAAGGUUGGUGACGUGGCUUGGGCGAAAAUCGGAUGCUAUUCAUAUUGGCCUAGCAUAGUUACGUUAGAAUAUGGAUCGUCUAUUUAUGUCAAGUCAGUUGGGAACCGAAGAUUGGCUGUUCACGUGCAGUUUUUCGGCGACAGGGGUCGCAGAAGUUGGGUUUUAACAACCAGUCUUAUCAAAUACCAAUCAAAAGAGCAAUUUUUCGAUUUGAAGAAACAAUACAAGAAGGAUAAAAUCAGAUUUAAAUAUUUUGUCAUCAAAUCGUCGUUUCAAGACUUAUGGGAGAAAGCAGUCACUGAAGCAGAUACCGUUUUAAAAUUACCUCAUGAGGAACGAAUUCCUUAUUACCAAAGUCUUUAUCCUAUUGCGGAGAAGAAUUUUGUCGAUGAAACGAGUUCUUUGAAAUCAAAACGCGCUAUGAUACGAAAGAGUAAGAAUCCCGAGGAAAGACGUGGCCGAAAACGUAAAAUACUAAACGAUGCUCCUACCACCUCGGCACUGAAAAAACCUCGCCAAACCGCAUCGGAAUCCGGUCCAUCAGGCGCCGGCGACGAAAAGUUACCUAACACUGAGACAAGUGCAGUGAAAAAACGUCAACCUAUCGACGAGCACGUAAAAAAGAGACGAGCUUUUAUGCGUCGAAUGAAUAAAAUCCUGAGCCAGUCGAAUAACAACGGCAGUGCAAAGAAUAAGAAACCCAAGAACGGACUAAAACAAGGCGGUAAAAAUGCGAAAUUCAAUAAAUUACUAGAUAAAGAAAACGAAAGGAAGAAACAGCAGAAACUGGGUGAAGAUCAAACCGCCAGUUCGAGCACUUCGCCCGAUUCGGAUCCGAAGAAGAAAGAUAUCUCGGUUUACGAUUUCGAAUCGGACGAAGAAACCGAUGUAUUCAUCGGCACCUAUAAUUCGCGAUUCACGCCCCAAAUCUUGGCGAAAAUUGAGGAAGAGAAAGCCGCCGUGAAAGAUGAAUCGAAAGAACCCUCCACUGCGGAACCCGAAUCAGAACUCAGUGUAACCGAUGACAGCAAAGCCGAAGAUGGUAAUUUGAGUAAUAACGAAAUAAAAGCUCGAAGGUUAUUCGCCGAUGAUAAAAAACAACCCAAAGAUACCGAUCACGUUCGCCCUAAAGGUACCGCUUCUAAAUUUAGUAAACUAUUUGAACAACGUCAUUCUGCAACGGGUAGAGGCAGAGGCAGGCCUAGUAAGAUCUCGGCUCAUCGAUCGAAGUUGGCACAUGCCAAAGCCGCCAGAAAAAUUAUUCGAAAAAAAGGUGCACAAAGCAAAGCACCCCCUCCAGAAAUUCUACCGGUCGAAAAGAAGGAUACCGACGAUGAACGCGAAGUUGGAGAUUUUAAUGCGUUCAGAGAUCAGAUGACGGAGAGUGUGAGCGUUGAACAUCCUGACUUCAACGAAGAGCAAGUCGAAGAUCACUUGGAGAAGUUGUGGAGCGAAAUGGAUGAUGCUGAAAAAAUCAAAUACGUCAAAGUAGAGCGCGAAUCAAGCUCGGAUGACGGAGAUGGCGAAGUUGGAGUUAUCGAAGAGGACGCCAAAUCUUCUGGUAACGAAAACGACGACGAUUCCAGUAAAUCUGACGAAAAGCGACGUAGUUCUUCGCCCUCAUCGACGACUCUGCCUAGUUCCUCGAAGCCUAAGAAACUCUCAAACCUAUUCACCGGAUACAAAUCCGAAAAAGUAUGCCAAAUUUGUGAAAAACCCGGCGACACGGUUCGUUGCCGAGGUCCUUGUGCCGGAACUUUCCAUGUAGAAUGUGUUCAGAAACUAGCUGCCGCCAAAGAUACCGAUUCCGCUGUUAAUAGUCCUCCUAGACGAGGUCGUCGAAAGAAAUCUUCACUCAGACCGACUGGAGAAACAACCACGACCGUAGAAUCGACGAAAAAUGACGCCAAACCGGAACCUACCGUAGUAAAUAAGACCGAAGAACCAGUAACCAGUAGACGUUCGAGAAGAUCAAUCGCGACUGCGAAUACUUCCGAAGAUAGCGGCGAGAAGAGUAAAAAUGACGAGUCGGUUAAACCUACACCGCGCAGAUCUCGCAGAAUGGAAGAGAAAAUCAAAAAAGCCGUCGAUAAAGAUCAACAAAACGAUGAAGAAGUAAAGUCAGAACCAGAUAAUUCGGCCGAAGAGAAAAUGGAAACGGAGGACGAACCGAUUUCAAACUCGGAAGCUAACGUCGACGAUGAAUCUUCCGCAGAAUCUGCUGCUAAAGAUGGCGAAGUAUCUAAAGAACCUUCUACAAAUGACGAUGAAGUCAAACAAGAAAUUGUAGAAGAUCCCGAACAAUCGGCUGAAAUAGAAAACAAUAACGUUGUAGAUGAAGUGAAGACUGAAAAAAUUCAAACCGAAGUUAGCGUUGAAAACGAAAUCGUUGAUGAAAAACCUGAUUGUAACGGCGAUGCAUCCGAGGAAGUUGAAGUAGUCGCAUCAUCGAGUAGAAAAAGUUCUGCUGGUAAAUCUGUCGAAUCGCAGAAUACUACCGAUGCUUCUAAAAAAGAAACGUCCACAGCUAAAAACGACAAAUCUAACGGCGGAAGCGAUUUCAUGUGUAAUUUAUGCAGCGAAGGAAUUAUGUAUCCUUGUUUCGCUUGCGGUGAAACCGUUCAAGACAAGACCGGAGAAACCGAACGAUUUACGUGUCAUUUAUCUUCUUGCGCUCGAGUUUUCCAUAAAGAAUGCCUUAAAUCUUGGCCUCAGGCUACCUGGACCACGAAUAAUCCCAAGCCAAAGAACGGUUCGAGUUCGACUACGCUUAAAGAAACGUUGCUAUGUCCGCAGCACUACUGUCAUACGUGUAUAUCGGAUAAUCCUGCAGCGCUGAAGAACAGACAAGGUCAAGCUAAGCUCGUCAGAUGUAUUAAAUGUCCGACGACGUAUCACCAAAAUGUAUAUUGCAUACCCGCUGGUUCCGAGUUGUUAACCAUGAGUCAAAUCAUUUGCCCGCGUCAUUACGUUCCUCCGAAAUUGAAAUCUACUCGUGUGAAUACAUCGUGGUGCUUCAUAUGCUGCAUUGGCGGUUCGUUGAUCUGUUGUGAAGAGUGUCCUAUGUCUUUCCACGUCGAAUGCCUUCAACUUAGUCCGGAAGAAUACGAAGGAAGGUAUCUCUGCGAGGAUUGCCAAAGUGGCCGGUAUUUAUUAUACGGAGAAAUAGUCUGGGUCAAAUUAGGACAUUAUAGAUGGUGGCCGGCUCAUAUAUUGUAUCCCCAAGAAAUACCAGAUAAGAUCGCUAUGAAGCCUCAUAAUCGCGGAGAAUUCGCGGUCAGAUUUUUUGGAUCUCAUGAUUACUACUGGGUGAAUCGGGGGAGAGCAUUUGUAUACCAAGAAGGAGAUUCGGGUAAGAAAAAUUAUAACCGUACUGUAGUCGACUUGACCUUUGAGAAAGCUCUUAAGGAAGCCGAAGAAGCGUAUCAAAAAUUGAAAAUUGACAAAGCUUUGAGAGAAGAAGAAGCUAAACUUGGACUGAAACCACCUCGAUACGUGCGAAUUAAAUCCAAUAAACCGAUAGGAAACGUGAAAGUAGUCGAGUUGAACACCUCGAAUAUACCGGAAUGCAGAUGUGAUCCGAGUUCUGAGAGGCCUUGUGCUCCCGAAUCGGAUUGUUUAAAUAGAAUAUUGUUGGUGGAAUGCAAUCCGAGAGUUUGUGCGGCCGGCGAAAGAUGUCUGAAUCAAGCUUUUGAAAAAAGAGUUUAUCCACCGCUCAUGCCUUGCAGAACUGAUAAAAGAGGUUGGGGUUUGAAGACUUUGGUCGAUAUCAAAAAAGGUGAUUUUAUUAUCGAAUACGUUGGCGAGAUGAUCGACGAAGAAGAGUACAAGAAAAGAGUCGGUGCUAUGUAUAAAAAUCUAGAAGAAAAUUACUAUUUUUUAACCAUUGACAAUAAUAGAAUGCUGGACGCAGGACCAAAGGGAAACGUAUCUAGAUUUAUGAACCAUUCGUGUGAUCCGAAUUGUGAAACGCAAAAAUGGACGGUAAAUGGCGAUACUCGAAUUGGACUAUUUGCUUUAAAAGAUAUCACAGCGAAUGACGAGUUGGUUUUCAACUACAAUUUAACCGUCCUCGGAAAUGAAAAGAAACCUUGUCUGUGUGGAUCAGAAAAAUGUUCCGGUUUUAUCGGCAUGAAAGCAGUCAAAAACGGAAACGGUAAUAAUGGCGGAGGUUCAAACGGCGACGACGACUCGCGUAAAAAAUCCAACGACGAUAAUCGCGAUUCAAAAAACGGUGGCGGUAACGGCUCUAAAUCGUCACGCGCUCGUAAAAAAGGCAGAAAACUGACGGCUGCCGGUAAACGAAAAAGAAAAGCAGCGAUGGCCAAACGAGCGUCUACCGCAGCCGCUUCCUCGAGCACGUUACCAAUUAAAAAACGUAAACUAUCGACUAAGGCAGCAGAUACGACCGCCGAAACGUCGACGAAUCCUGACGAAUCAUCUAAACAAAAUCCCCAACAACCCGAUACCGACGAAAAGGAAACCAAUCCUGUUGAACAGUCGUCCACAGACGAGCUAGUCAAAACAUUAGAAACUAACCCAACCUCUGCUACCACCACCGCAGAAGAAGAUCAGCCUAUUGCCGCAUCUUCGCCAAAAGGUACCGAAAAAGUUACCAACGAAGGCGAGAAAAACACAACGGAAUACGGUACCGACGAAGAACACACCAUUUCCCUCGAAGAUAUCGAAACAAUGGCCGAAACAACGGUCGCCAUCGAAGUGCCGAAAACUGACGUAUCCGAUGAAAAUACGACUUCGGUGACCGUCAAAUCGUCGCCGAAACGUAGAGGACGUAAAAAAGGCACGGUAGUGAAGAAAAAAGUUACGUUAAAAGGUCGACCCAAAAAGAAAGUGAUGCCGAAACGUCUACUGAAACGUGGAAAAAAGAUUAUAGUGAAAAAAACCAAGAAAACGACCGACGCUGCCAAAAAAUCACCUAAAAUCAAAAUGAAAACCGACGAAAAUCGGGUCGUAGGUAAACGAGGCAGAAAACCUCAUUUGACCGAUCAAGACAAAGAACUGGCUCUGUAUAAAACGUUGAAAAAACGAUUGCAUAAAAAAUUAAGAGCUAUGGUCGGUUUGGCGAAAUUAGAAGAAGAUUGUUUCAUGUGCAAAGAAAAAGGCGAACUGAUUUUCUGCGAUAAUAAAAAGUGUUCUAAAGGAUAUCAUAUUCCUUGCGUUAAAAAAUUAUUCCAAUUACCCAGAGGACGUUGGCUGUGUCCUUGGCAUUAUUGUACCGAGUGUAAAAGCAAAUGUAGAGUUGCCAAGUGUUCCAGAUGUAUUAAUUCUUUCUGUAGACUGCACACCGAAAAUAAUGUUUACAUUACUUGCGAGGAUACUCUGAUCUGUAAAGAUCACAAGUCGGAGUAUUUGGCCGAUAAAUUACAAUCUUUUGUCAACGUCAGCGAUACGUCAACAGAUAACGAUUCGUCGAAUAUAACAGACGCAUCGACGCAAAUAAUCGACCCGGACUCGUUACUGAUCCCUUUACGGAUACCUCAACCUAAACCCAGACCUAAGCUGAUACAUAAACCUCCUCCUCCAGCUAUACUACAUCAUCAGAUUCAUCAGCAUCAUCACGAACACCUUCUACCACCUUUUAUAAAAAUCAAAGAAGAAGCUCUGAGCGACGUCGAAAUAGACUCCGAACCGGAUCGAGUACCAGCUCCGGCGAUAGUAGGCGAAAGUCGAAACGUAGCUAGACGCUCGAAAAAACUAUUUAAAAAACUUCCAUCUGUAAAUGAAAGCUCUAUCGAUGAUAUGAUCAUAGACGAUUUUAUCGAAGUGCAUCACGUCGAAUCGUACGAAGUAUCCGGUAACGAGGCUUCCAACGACGAUGCUAAAUCAAUCGAUUCUAGCGUCGAAGUAGAAGUCGAAGUCGACGAAGAAUACGAAGAUGAAGAAGAAGAAGAAGAAGAAGCUCCGCCGGAAACCAAUACCGCCGACGAAUCGGACGAUGAUUACUUGGACGUAGAAAUGGAAGAAAUUCAAGAUGACAGUAGCUAGAAAUUUAUCGACUUUCGCCCUCCUUCGUUCGCCUUUCUUCUGAGUUAAUUUUUCUAGGUAACUCGUACACUACGUACGGUUUACCUUUUGUUAUUGAUAUUUUGUACGAUUUCUUGUUGAAUUAUUAUAUAAUAACGUACGUUGUCUUUUUAGACGAAUAUUUAUUAUUUUUAUAAAUUGAAUUUUCCACGUUGUUGUUGGAUUUUUCAUUUUAUUGUUUAUUCGCGCGUGUAAUAUAUAUUUUUUUUUUCGGUUAAAAUUUUGUUAAUGAAUUCUCAUUUUAAAUGGAGAAAUAACUAGGUAUAAAUGUGUAUGAAAGAAACAAUUGCGUGACUUUUUAAAUGUGUGUGUUUUUUCCCCCUGUUGUAUAUUUAUAUUGUAUGGAUUAUUUUUUAUUAUGUUAAUUUGUAGCCGAAUUUCGAAUUGGUUACCUUUAUAUUCCCUUUCGUUUGAGACUAGUGCGAAUUUUCUGCAUGUAAAAUAGGUAUUAAGAUGUUAGAAGGGGAGAUAUACUAAUGUGCUUAGAUAUCGAAAUAUUGUGUUCAGUUUUAUCCUUUCUCAGAUGUCGAAAAAAUUGUAUUUUGUUCAUCUCCGAUGAAAGGUGCCUUAUAUGAUUGAUUAUUUUGAAAAUCUAUUCGCACAAUUUCCCUUUUGUUUUGAUUUCUGUAAAUGUUCGAUUCAACUUUCAGAGUAAAGUGGCGUGAUAUUGAUAUACAUUGACGAGUCGUUUUAUGCAGAGCUACGUAUAGUUAAAUGUGAGUACGGUGAUAGGAAAUGACUGUCGUUUUGAAUAAUAAUAAAAAUUGGUAAAAGAAGAUGAGGAGUUUUGGUAGGUAGGAGUUGGAGUAACAGAUCCUUUAAAAUGUACAUAAUGUAAACAUUCAACAUGUUUCUAGUUUUUCUUCGAAUAAUAAAAAAAGUUUGUUCACUACGGUUACGUUGUAUUUGAUAUCACUUCUUUUUUGUCAUUUUUUUUAAAUGAUUUUUUUCUGUCAUUCAAUGAAAAUAGUUGUUAAGACGUUUAGCUGUAGUCUGUUGUAUAUUGUAUUCGUGUAUCUGUUACAUAUUGUUUUGAAAAAAAUUUUGUAAGAAUAUAUUUUUUAUCAUU